UGGGCUGUCCACGGAAUUGGCGUUGGGUUUGGGACUUGUAUAUCAUUAUAUUCACACACAAGUCCUCUCUCUCUAUCUCUCAUGUGUCAUCGUCUCCACAGCAACAUCAUUCCUUUUCGCUGGAGCACUAGUAUCUGCGAGCACCGCUGUUUUCGCCCUCACAUCAAUUCCAGGCUUUGGUAUAGUAGUAAUAGGAAUCAAACUGAGAUGGAACAAGUUGGUGUUGGUAUUGCCUCAAAUGGUUCUCCAGAGGUUGCAGUUGUUGUGGUGGGCGACCCAGAAUUGCUUCACAAGAAAAAGUCCGCAAUUCGGCUUGCUGGCCCUGCCAAACUCCAGGUAAUUGCAGAUUUUGAUGCAACUCUAACAAAGUACUGGAUUGAUGGCCGUCGAGGGCAGAGUAGUCAUGGCCUUCUGCAACAGGGGAAUCCCGUGUAUGAUGUCAAGAGGCAAGAAUUAUAUGAAUAUUAUCAUCCAUUGGAAUUCAACCCAACAAUUCCACUUGACAAGAAAGCAAAGCUCAUGGAAGAGUGGUGGGGAAAAACUCAUGCUCUUCUUAUUGAGGGAGGCCUUACAUUUGAUGCAAUAAAAAAUUCUGUGGCUAAUGCCACAAUUGCAUUUAGGGAGGGAGUUGUCGAACUUUUUGAGUUUUUGGAGGAGAAUGAUGUUCCUGUUCUUAUAUUUUCUGCAGGGCUUGCAGAUAUCAUAGAAGAGGUCCUGAGGCAGAAAUUGCAUAGAUCUUUUAAAAAUGUCAAGGUUGUGUCAAACCGCAUGGUUUUCGAUCAGAGUGGUCAACUAGUAUCUUUUAAAGGGAAGACGAUUCAUGUUUUAAAUAAGAAUGAACAUGCUCUUGAUAUGGCUGCCCCGGUUCAUGAUCAUUUGGGUGAUCCUGAUGGGCCAAUUGAUGACACUGCCUCUGUAAAGAAGAGAACUAACGUGCUGCUUCUCGGUGAUCACAUUGGAGACUUGGGAAUGUCCGAUGGUUUGAACUAUGAAACACGAAUAUCUGUGGGAUUUCUGAAUGACAAUGUCAUGAAUUCUCUUGAUAGCUACCGUGAAGCAUUUGAUGUUUUGUAUCUGAAUGAUGCACCCAUGUGGGGAGUUCUGAAGCUCGUCUCUCAGCUCUGUUCAACGGGGAAGUGAUGAAAACUACCUACCAAACUGUACCACUUCCAUUUUUCUCGUGCCUGAAGGAGCUUAUGAGAAAAUUCACUGCUUAUACUUCUGUUUUGCUUAGCAAAGCAAUUUAGGUUGGAGCUUUGCUGCUACCAGCUAACGGUGGGACUACUGUACCGUUGUUCUAUAAAGUCGACACCAAUAGAAUCCUGUAUUCUCCCUUUUGAUCUUUAACAAUAAGAUUCAAUCAUAUUUUGAGCCCAAAGUUUCUUCCACUCGAUGCACUACAAUUUUGAAUGCUGGGGUUUUCAUGCCCAGAUGACUGUCUAAUGGUUUGUGGAAUGUGUUCAUUGCUACUGAAAGUGGUUAUAAUGUUGCAGCUGAAUCGAUAUCUUCUUUUUCUUUUCUUUU